AUGGCGAAGUUGAGAAGAGAUUCGAUUUGGCGUUGGCGGAUACAGUGGAGUUUAGUAUCACUAGCAGCCCUGGCGCUUGUUGUUUAUAACGCAGUGGCAAAUCUAUGGCUCCUUCGCCCAACGUGCUCUGUGCCAAGCACACCCCAACCUGCCGUAUUAGAAGGCACAUGUGAGCCAUGCCUCGAUACCGCUCCUAACACGAUUAUUGAUGAUGAUCCUAUAUCCAAAAUAGAUUUGAAUCUGGGAAGAUGGGACGGCUCCCGAACAUUCAAGCUAUUUGACUAUGUGGCUGUUGGUGAUUUGUACGUCGAUGUAUCAGCGAAUCGACAGGUCUGCCUCGCAACUCAGUGCUCUAUUGAAAGACUACACGAGCUUCUGCAAAUUGCAGUACAUUGGUCAGGUCCGAUUUCGGUGGCGGUGUUUGUGGCCGGGGACGAGUUGAGACUUCUUAGAGCGUUUGCGAUGUGGCUGUUACGUUGUCAGCCAGAGCUGUACUCGCGAAUAGUGAUACACCUCGCUAUGCCGAUCGUUAGACCGGGGAUUCAAGGGAAUCUACCUGUAUGGGCGAGGAACUGCAAUGCGGAACCUUUGCCAAUUGGGGAGAGACGAGCCGACACAGUUGCUUGGAGGGCUAGAAAUCCAUAUCCUCAGAACCACCUUCGGAAUUUGGCGAGAAAGAACUGUCACACGCCAUACACCUUUCUCGUUGAUAUAGACAUAGUACCAUCGAAAGGAAUGGCUGAGGAACUUGAUAGGUUCUUAACGAAAGCACCAAAGUGCCAAUUGUGUGCGUAUGUAGUUCCCACAUAUGAGCUUGAUAAGCGAGUUGUGAUAUUCCCUCCGAAUAAGAAGGAACUGCUGAGGCUAUCGAGAAGUAAAUUAGCAAUACCGUUCCAUAGAAAAGUAUUUAUUUAUAAUCAGUACGCAUCGAAUUUUACCAAAUGGGAGGCAACUGGCGGCAACGAAAGCCUUGAAACUCAUAUCAGCCACAAUGUUACCAACUUCGAGUUGCUGUACGAACCUUUCUACGUGGCGUCAGACACCGUACCGUCUCAUGAUGAGAGGUUCCUAGGCUAUGGCUUUACCAGGAAUACACAGGUAAGAUAG